CUUUCUUGCUACUAGUAACGCUGGCCAUGGAGUUCUAUGGAGAUUAUUUUCAUGCACCGGCGCCGGCCGGAAGCCUCUUCUCCCUUCGGUUUGGAAAAGAUGGGAAGAAAAUGAGGUUGCAGAAGGCGGCGGCAGGGAACCAAAAGGGAGACAACGAUGAAACUGUGCAUAAAAUUGAGGUCGUGGAAGAUGGUAAUUUUGGAGAAAGUUACACGUUACUUCAUGAUCAUCAUUUGGGCAGCUCCGGUGAAUUUUCAGUCCACAAAUCAGUAGCUUCUCAUCAUAUGGUACCGACGACGGGAAAUGUGAUUGAUUGACGUUCUUGUAUAAAUUUUAUCAAAUCAUAAAGGAAUAAGACUCAAUACAUGAUUUCCAAAUCAUUUCCA